AUGGGGAGUGUGAAAUUCAACCCUGCUGUUGCUGGUUUUGUUGCGGCUUACUUCACGUGGGGCCGACACAGAUCGGCGAUCAGCUAUCAAGUGACUUUGUAUCUGUUGUCGAGGAUCACUGUUGCGAGCCCUCUCGAUGCCAAGCAUUCGUGCGUUCUCAAGGCCAUGGGCUUUCGUGUUGUGGACCACCAAGACUGUGGUCGAGUGCUCAUUGCCUCGAGGUCGUUUGAGGACGGUGAGUGUAUAAUAUUCUCGAAAGUUACCAAGUACAACAUCAACAGCCAUGCUGACAUCGACAAGCUCCGCAAGCGAGGCCAUCCAGAGCACUGCUUCCUCACGAUCAUCCACGAGAGCCGUGGCGGUAUGUCCUUGUACUACAACAGGGAGACCUUCGACAUGGCAGACCCGAUCGGCGGGGGUGACCUCUGGUACUUGGUGAACCACUCGACUAGUCCGAAUGCCCAGCUUAGACCCCACGACGGCGGUCUGCGAGUUCGAGCCGUGAGGGACAUCUCCCCUGGUGAGCCCAUCACCUGGCGGUACCCCAACGGCUUCUUCAGUGAGGAGGAUGUGAUGGUGUCCCUCCCGCGAGCCGUCAAUGUGAUUGACGACCCGAGAGCAUCCGGGGGAUGA